AUGUCUAGCAACGAACAAGUACCAACAAUUCCCGGUGACUACGAAUAUGUCAUUGUCGGCUCAGGCGCAGGAGGUGGUCCUCUUGCCGCAAACCUCGCCCGACACGGCCAUAGUGUAAUCCUUCUCGAAGCUGGCGAUGACCAAGGACAUAGCCUUACGCAGCAAGUCCCCGCGUUUCAUGUUGUAGCCACAGAAGAUCCAGCGAUCAGAUGGGAUUUCUUCAUCAAACACUAUGACGAUGACGCACAGGCGGCAAAAGAUCCCAAGAUGACCUGGGAGGCGCCGGACGGCAAGGUGUUUAUCGGAGUCGAUCCUCCGCCAAGUUCAAAGCAAAAGGGUAUAUAUUAUCCGCGAGCAGGGACAUUGGGCGGAUGCACGGUGCACAAUGCUCUGAUCACGGUGUUACCACCGGAUGAGCAUUGGGAGCGUGUUGCUAAGAUCACGAACGAUCCAUCCUGGGACCCCCAACAGAUGAGGCGUUACUUCGAACGACUGGAGAGAUGUGGCUAUCUUCCAGAAGGAACCGAAGGUCACGGGUUUGGCGGCUGGUUGGAGACAAAUCAUGCCGAUCAAAUUGUGUUGACUUCAAAGGAACCAUUUAUUGAGGCUGCCCUUAACGCUAUACCUUCCCCAGGCAAGCAGGUCAUCCACGAUAUAAACAUUCAAAAGCCUCAUCAGGUCGAAGGAGUGUACCAGUUGACGUUGUCUAUGAAUGAAAGAGGUAGACGGAGCAGUGCUCGGAACUACUUGGUCACGACUGCCAAUGCCAGAAAUGCAGACGGAUCCAAAAAGUAUCCACUCCAUAUCCGCGUUAGAUCUUUCGCAACGAGAAUCAUGUUUACCAACAGCGAAGGAAAGCCCAAGGCAAUUGGAGUGGAGUUCCUGGAGGGAAAGAGCAUGUACAAGGCAGAUCCGACAUACAACCCCAAGCACUCUGGGGUCAAGAAACGCGUUUUUGCCUCACGUGAGGUUAUUGUGGCCGGAGGUUCAUUCAAUACGCCACAGCUUCUGAAGUUAAGUGGCAUUGGUCCGAAAGAGGAGCUCCACAAGUUCGGAAUUCCAUUCCGGGUUGACCUUGCUGGCGUGGGUUAUAACCUCCAAGAUAACUACGAGUACUCAGUCAUCUACCAAUGUGAUCAGAACAUCUCUGUAUUCAAGGAUUCGCUCUUUGGUUCCGCCGGGGAUCUGUCUCUUGCCCGAUGGAUUCAGGAGGGCAAGGGGCCAUAUAGGUCACUCGGGGAUACGAUGGGAGUGAAGAAGAAGUCCAAAGUCAGCGAAGACGGCGAGUUAGAUCUAUUCCUUUUUGGGGGAGCAAAAAAGUUCCCUGGGUACUUCCCAGGUUACUCCAAAGUGCUGGGAGGCGCCUUAAACCGAUUUUGCUGGAACCUCAUCAAGGUACACCCGCGCCGGUCCCAAACAGGGUCCGUCACUUUACGCUCAGCAGAUCCGCGCGAUUUGCCAGAGGUGAACCUCCGGCUCUUCAAUGAACACGACAACCAAGACAGACCCGAUCACGACCUCGUUGCAAUAGCAGACGGGGUUGAAUUUGCCCGCUCAAUGCUCAAGAGUAUUCCCGAGCCUAUUGGUCCUAUGAUAGAAGAGUCUCCCGGUGCUUCAAUCGACAGCCUCGACGCACUCAAACAGGAUAUCAAGGACAAAGCGUACUCUCACCACGCAACCAGCACCUGUCCGAUUGGUGCAGAUGGAGAUCCAAUGGCAUGCCUUGAUUCACGAUUCCGCGUGCGAGGUGUCAAGGGCUUGAGAGUCGUUGAUGCUUCUGCUUUUCCCCAUAUACCGGGACCUUUUCCUGUUCUUCCUGUUUAUAUGAUUAGCGAGAAAGCAACGGACGUGAUAUUGGAAGACAUACAACUAGACCUUAACGAUGCGAUACUUGAUGAAGUGUCAGAGGACAUGAAGCUGGAGGAUGGCUAG